AUGGAAGCAAAUGCUGGAUUUAAACAUGAAAUUUCCAUUGGUUCCUCGGCAAGACAAUCAACUGAAGAAGAACUUGCUUGGGGUGUAGAUACACGUGUCACUGUGCCACCAAGACAUUCUGCAUCAGCUGAAGUCAAAAUUGACGAAGAAGAAAUGAAUUGUUGUUUCCGUCUACGUACUACCAUGUAUGGUCGAUUACGUGUGUUAUUCUUAGAUCCUAUACAUGAUAAUGCAUUGAUUAAAUAUCUUGAAGGUGAUUUAGGCACAAUUAUACAAGAAUUGCUUAAAUCAGAUCGUUCCCAUGAAAAUGGUCCAACAAAUAAAUAUGGUCCAUAUGUUUGGACUGAACCAAUGAAUAAAUCACAACAACGUAUAUUUCAUAUGGAAACAUGGGGUAAAUGUAAAUUUCGUUUCGGUGUACAUCAAUCAGUUGAAGUCAGUCAAAAAGCACAUUGAUGAUACGUUUGGUUUAUGGUUUUAUGGAUAAUAUGACUAAUGUUAAAACCUUUUUGAUUUCUCCAGUGCAUUUGACGACUCACAGAGAAAAUUCAUAUUUAUAACUAAUCAUUUUAUUCAAUGUACAAUAUACUUGUUCUGAUUUGUUUGUUUGCUUUCUUUCGAAAAAAUGGCUUCCUUGUCGGCCAUAUUGAAUGACUGAUUGAAUCAUGAAUGUACACACACAAUUAAAACAAACUUGUUCAUUGAUAAUAAUAAUUCCCAUAUGUAAAAAUUCAUUCGGAAUAAUUUUUUUGAAUUUUAAAAAAUUCAAAUAAAUAUACAUUAUUUAUUGUAUUGA